AUGUUGCGGUUUAGCUCUGUGUGCUUGUUACUACUUUUUACUCCGACCGGAGUGGUAUCGAUGAAUUCCCAGUUGAUAUUGGAGUACUUUACGAAAACAAAGAUAAAAUCGAUUACGAUCUUUCAUUGUGAUACCAAUGUCAAAGACGUAUUUGGUAUCGCAUCGUUUUUGUGGAGCACCUAUAAUGGAGCUCUUCGAGUCGUCGAUAUCGAUAAAAAGAAUCAAUAUCCGGAUUAUGUUCGCCUAAUGCAAAUACCUUCGCACGAUUUGGGCUUGACCAUGGAUUUGUCCUGUCAGAAGACAGCCGAACUAUUCGAUUUUAUGUCCAGGAAUACUUUUUUCAAUGCUUCAUUUGAGUGGCUAUUGUUUGGAAAAUCUUCACUGCACGAGUCCAACGGCCUACUGCGCCAUCAGAAUCUGAACGUGGAUUCACGCGUUACUUUGGCCGUUGAGAGUAGCCCGCGUGGUCAUUCGUUCGAUUUGUAUGAGGCUUACAAUACACUCUAUCGCAGAGCAGGGCUGUUCCGUGCGAAUCCUAUUGGUCGUUGGGACUCACAAAGUGGUUUCACGUUCACUUGGGUGGAGAGUUUCUACGAGCGCAGAUGUAACUUCGAGGGAAUUCGGCUGCAUGUUAUUUUCACGGAUUUACAAAAUAGACAUAACAAAACCAUUCAGCAACGUUUUGAGACUAAACAAACGAUUUCCAGUUUUAUUCUUCAUCGAUUGGGCUACAUAUAUAUUAACAUGCUCAGUAUGAAACAUAAUUUCCGGCCCCGGCAUAUUCAGGUUCCGAAUUUCGGUAGCGAGAGUUUUUUUCAGAACGCUAGCAUCGGUUUAGUCGGACAAUUUAUGGAUCAUCAAAUUGAAGUGUCAGAUAAUUUGUUCUACAUUCUUCAAGAGCGUAUGCCUUACUUUGAUUACACCGUGAAACUGAUAACGCAUGUCAAUAUGAUCGUUUUCCGUCAUCCAAAACGAGGUGUCGGCCAGAAUGCAUUUUUACAGCCAUUUGAUGCGAACCUCUGGUACACCAUACUGGCAACGGUGAUCGUUUCAACCAUAAUCCUUGUGGGGGCUUUCAGAAUGGAAUCGAAACUACGCCGCAACUCUAGAGAGUAUUUCUUUACUAUCCUGGGUUUCAUAUGUCAGCAAGGUUAUGACGACCAGCCAUCGAAGAUUUCCUCAAAGCUGAUUGCUUUUGUGAUGCUUCUAUUUUCGUCUUUAAUCUAUCAGUUCUACGGAACAUUCAUCGUAGGCUCUCUGCUAACGCCGCCUCCGAAGAAUCUGAAAACGGUUCAUCAGCUGAUCGAUAGUAACAUUCAAGUGGCAGUUGAGGAUUUGUUCUACAUUUGGGACUACUUCAAUCGAACCAAAGAUCCACUAGCUAUUGAACUGUACGCCAAGAAAAUAAUGCAAAGCCCGGAGAGAGCAGUAAGUAAUGAUCGCGGUUUGGCAUUGGUAGAGCAAGGAGGUUUUGGGUUUCUAUGUGACGUCGGUUAUACGUAUCCUAAAAUUAAAAAAUCUUUUACGGAUGACGAGAUCUGUGACCUGCAGGAGAUUAGUAUAAUACCUCCUCGAGCUUUGCAUAUUGGAUUGGAAAAGGGAUCCCCACUUAAGCAGUAUUUCCGGAUUACGCUACGGAAGCUUCUCGAAAGCGGAUGUGGUACAUAUUAUAAUCGAGAUUACGCUAGCCGAAUACCAACGUGUCCUCACAAUAACUUACAAACUAUGCCCAUCGAUAUUGAACAAACUGCCAGUCUAUUCGGGUUUUUAGGAAUAGCAAUUUUGACGAGUUUGGUAUUGCUGGUCCUGGAAAGGAUCCAUUAUCGCUAUACAAGCAGCAGAAGGGUGUGGGAGUUUGUGAACUAG